AUGACUAAAGCUACUAAACCUUCUAGUUACAUUUCAAAGCAGUUCGCAUAUAAGUUUUCAGUUUCAAUCAACAAUGAUCAUGCUGUUAAAAGGAAUUGCCUUAUUGCAGGAUCUGUUUUGUGUUUUGAUCAAUUUAACGAGAUUAAACCAUUAAUUAUAUUCCUUCCGCACUUCAAAAUAUUAUAUAAAAAGAUUGGAGAACACUAUUCGAUAUAUUUAAACUCUCGAGUUGACAACUACAACAUGAAAAUUAAAUUGAAAUCAAAAAAUGAAGCAGAAACCAGUAAUUUAGCAGCCGCAUUAUUGGUAGCUCGCGAUAUGUACAACAGAUAUAUACCAGCUUUAAUUGGAUAUCCAAUACAGGCGAAAGGUCAAAAUGAUUAUAUCGACGCAAUUCUUUUUGUCUUUGAAAGAUCGUUCGAAAUACAAAGCUAA